GCCCACGGUUACCACUUACCGGUGCGUGCGUAUUUAUACGUACCAUGUACAAGUGUAGACAAUAGUAAACUAGUAGUACGGGUAAAAACAAUUUCAUUUCCAAACCAGUUUUCAUUUCACUCAGCAAUGAUCGAUCGACCAUCAGAUUUUUAGAAGCUUGGCGCAGUACAUUUUCGUCCGUACGUCCGUGCAAAUAUAGAAUAUUUCUACAGCCUUACAACACGCUAUACUUCACCAUCAUGGCUACAUUACAAGAGCGUUUCGAAGCAGCCACCGAAGAAGUGAAAACGCUCACGAAGAGACCGACCGACGUUGAACUAUUGGAACUAUACGCUCUCUUCAAGCAAGCCACGGUCGGAGACAACGACACCAGCAAACCCGGAAUGUUUGAUUUGAAAGCCAAAAAAAAGUGGGAGUUUUGGACCAAUUUAAAAGGAACUUCCAAAGAAGACUGCCAAGAAAAAUAUAUUGCAAAAAUGGGAGAAUUCAUUGUCAAAUACAGGGAUUGAUUCCUAAAAAUAUACUAAGAUGUUUAUAAAUUUAUUAUGUACCUUUUAUUGUACUUUUUUUUUUGCUUUGUUUGUUCACUCGUAUUCAAAAUUCAAUAUAAUUUAAAUAAAUAAAAUUGUUUUUUUCUAUUUUUUCAUUUAUAAUAUGUAACAAAAUCAACAGUCAAUAUUAAAAACGAAUGAUGAACAAAUUUAACUUCUAAGGGGAUGGGUCUGUUUUCCUCUUUAAACCCUAUAUCUGUCUUUUACAGAAAAAAGGUAAGAAAUAAUUUAAUUUAUUAUAUUUUAAAGGAUCAUUUCUAUGUAUAUACUUCUAUAUUUUUUAUUUUAUAUUACUUGUUAUUUUUUAUUUGACUAUUUAUUAAGUAUUAAAAGAAUAUUGAUAACUGCAA